CAACUUCUUUGCGAACCUUUCUCCAACACCACUCACGCCCACCACUGCUUCACUAACUUCGCGAUCUGUCAACUGUCCUUGACUAUAAACCCGCAGGCAAUCCUUCGCGACUGCCGUCAAAUUCCGAAGCCUUUCUUCUAACACCAGAACACGCAAUCGCAUCAUCCAUCAACAUGAGCCUCCUCAAUCUACCUCUCGAGGUGUUCGAAAAUGUUAUGGAGCAGAUGACCGACGUGCUACCUAUGAAGGAAGCACUGAGGGCACGCCUUGUCUGCAGCAUCUUUGACCGAGAGCUCAACAAGGUAAUCUGCAAGAAAGCCGCAAAUGACUGGGCGAACGGAUACGACUCUGACUCCUAUCCGCAGUGGGAGCCGACCGACUACAUGCGGCCCGUCAACCGACAGUGGAUGGAGAUGAUGUUGUGGAGAGCAGUGCGCAGCAAAACCCAGCACCAAAAGCACAUCCUCGACACCGUGCAGAAAGUUAUCGAACGACUUGUUGAACAGAGCGGAGUGAAGGAUAACGACUCCCGCUGCAGGUAUCUGGCAGCUGCGUGCUCUUGCUUUGUGGCUUGGGGCUGUCGCGACAUACAUGAUUGGAACACUCGGCGUGGUCCAUACCACUGUUCCAACUAUGUGUUUAAUCCGCACCACACAGACGCUUAUACCAUGACCUUCAAACCUGAUGACCUUCGGUAUGGCGGAGGCAAGGAGAUCGACCAUGGAUGUCUCGCAGUUGCCGCUUGGAUGGGAGACCUUCCGCUUGUCGAAGCUUUCUGGGCCAGGGCCGACAUGCAGCCAAAGUACCUCGCAGAAGAAGGCGACUUUUUCUGCUCGCCGCUUUGGGUCGCGGCGCACCAAGGCCACAUGGAAGUAUUCCGGUUCUUCGUGUCCAAGCACAGGAACGUGGAAGGAUGGAUCAUGCCUUCGGAUCUCCCCCAUCGGUUAACUUGGGAGUGGUCUUACACCCCAGCGUGCCUCCAAGGCCACGAAGAACUGGUCCGUCACAUCGUCACUCUGGGAACCUGGGAUAAGAAGCUCAAACAAAUGAGCUUGCCAUGCAUCACGGGCGUCACCAGAAACAACCAGGUGAGCGUCCUGGACUUCUUCCUGGAGGAGGUCGGAUUCCUGGAGCCCUGGCUGAAGGCUAUCCAACACCGCGUCAACGAACCCGACAGAUUCGUAGACAAGCACGAGCAGACUGCCCUCGAGGUGCUCUUGAACACCGCUUGCUACCAUGGUGCUGAAGCUACCGCGCUACUUAUAUUUGGAAAAAGCUCCAUCCUCCGCCCUACCACGCCCAUCUUCUAUGCGAUUGAAGCUGGCCAAGCAAGCAUGGUGCAGCUGCUGCUCUCGAGAGGCGUCAACCUCAACAUUGCCAGCUUCCAAGGAAUGACGCAGUUGACAUACGCCGCCAUGCGUGGCAGGGCACGUAUCAUGAAGAUACUCCUCGCUGCCGGCGCCGAUGUCCAGGGAGGCAGUAGCACAGAUGAUAAGACGGCCCCCUCUCCUCUUAGUCUAGAAGCAGUCACGAUCCUGCUGGAGCAGGGUUUCAACAUCACCGAGUCGACCGAGUGCGACGAUGCCAGUGGUGCCAAGGGCAGAGAAGCUGUGAGGGACGCUUGCAGAUGUGGUCAUGCGGAGGUCGUGCACGUGCUUGCUGGACAUGGCUGCGAUAUCCACAGGGCUUACGGCUAUCAACGUGAUGGGUACCAGCAUAAGACGCCUAUGUAUUGGGCGCAUAGGAACGGCCAUCAGAGCGUCGUAGAUACCUUAGUUGAGCUUGGUGUGCAGGAUCUGCCUGACCAAUCUUCUCAAGAUUCUGAUGAAGGAUGCGAGUACGACGUAGGCAGUACUCUCUACAAUCUGGCAGACGUAUCGAUUGGCUAG